GCACGCGCUUAACGGAAAUCGGACUCCUCAGCGUGUGCACGUGCUGUAACCGAGUUACACUGCGCUCGCGAUAGCUGAGCGCGAGGAGCCGCUGUCUCUUUCUCCUUCCUAUCUCACUCUAUUUCAGACUCUCUCUCUCUCUCUCUCUCUCUGUCGCUGUCUCCCGGUCGGUCUCUCAGAGAGGAGCGUACACUGUUCUCUUCCUCAGGCAUCCAUGGCGCUGUGUAACGGCGAUACCAAGCUGGAUAUCAGUAGCGAGCCUACAGACGGGUUGCGGGACUACGACGGGGCCGUAGUGAUCCUGGACGCCGGGGCGCAGUAUGGAAAAGUGAUUGACCGACGAGUGAGGGAGCUGUUAGUGCAGUCGGAGAUACUGCCGCUGGAGACGCCUGCCUUCGCCAUCAGAGAGCAGGGCUUCAGGGCCAUCAUUAUCUCCGGGGGUCCAAAUUCGGUCUAUGCAGAAGAUGCACCCUGGUUCGACCCGGCCAUAUUCACCAUCGGCAAACCUGUACUGGGGAUUUGCUACGGCAUGCAGAUGAUGAAUAAAGUGUUCGGAGGCACGGUACACAGGAAGAGUGUAAGAGAAGACGGUGUGUUCAGCAUCGGAAUAGACAACUCCUGCUCGCUUUUCAGGGGUCUACAGAAGGAGGAGAUGGUACUCUUGACUCAUGGUGACAGCGUAGAUAAAGUAGCAGACGGCUUCAAAGUCGUCGCUCAAUCUGGGAACAUCAUUGCAGGCAUUGCCAACGAGCAGAAGAAGCUCUACGGGACACAGUUUCACCCGGAGGUCGAUCUGACCGAGCGAGGCAUGGACAUGCUGAGGAACUUCCUGUUCGAGAUCGCCGGCUGCACCAACAACUUCACCGUGCAGAACCGGCAGAUGGGGUGCAUACGCGAGAUCCAGGAGAAAGUGGACAAGUCCAAAGUGCUGGUGUUGUUAAGCGGCGGUGUCGACUCGACGGUGUGCACAGCCCUGCUGAAUAAAGCGCUAAAUCAGGAUCAAGUGAUCGCCGUCCACAUCGACAAUGGCUUCAUGAGGAAGAGGGAAAGCCAGAGCGUGGAGGAGGCGCUCACCAAACUCGGCAUUAAACUCAAAGUCGUAAACGCAGCACACACGUUCUACAACGGCACCACGACGCUGCCCAUCUCCGAGGAGGACCGCACGCCCCGGAAACGCAUUAGCAAGACGCUCAACAUGACCACCAAUCCCGAGGAGAAGAGGAAGAUCAUCGGCGACACUUUUGUCAAGGUGGCGAACGAGGUGAUCGGCGAGAUGAACCUGAAGCCGGAGGAUGUGUAUCUGGCGCAGGGUACCCUCCGACCUGACCUGAUCGAGAGCGCAUCUCAUCUGGCCAGUGGCAAGGCCGACGUCAUCAAGACUCACCACAACGACACGGAGCUGAUCCGCAAACUCAGAGACGAGGGGAAGGUCAUCGAGCCACUGAAAGAUUUCCACAAGGACGAGGUGCGAUCGCUGGGCCGAGAGCUCGGGCUCCCCGAGGAGAUCGUCUCCCGACACCCGUUUCCUGGUCCAGGUUUGGCCAUCAGAGUCAUCUGCGCCGAUGAGCCUUACGUCUGCAAAGACUUUGCCGAGACCAACAACAUCCUGAAAAUCAUCACAGACUUCUCCGCCAGUGUUAAGAAGCCACACACUCUGCUGCAGAGAGUGAAGUCGUGCAUAUCAGACGAGGAAGAGGAGAAGCUGAUGCAGAUCACCAGCCUUCAUUCACUAAAUGCCUUCCUGCUGCCAAUUAAAACUGUCGGCGUCCAGGGUGACGCGCGGUCGUACAGCUACGUGUGUGGAGUCACCAGUAAAGAGGCUCCGCACUGGGAAUCGCUCAUAUUCCUUGCCAGACUCAUCCCUCGCAUCUGUCACACCAUCAACAGAGUUGUGUAUGUGUUCGGGUCACAUGUAAAGGAGCCUCCCACAGACAUCACUCCUACUUUCCUGACCACAGGCGUACUGAGCACGCUCAGACAGGCCGACUUCGUGGCCCACUCCAUCCUCAGGGAGUCGGGCUACUCGAGUAAGAUCAGUCAGAUGCCCAUCAUCCUCGUGCCACUGCAUUUCGACCGCGACCCGCUGCAGAAGCAGCCUUCGUGCAGGCGCUCCGUCGUCAUCAGAACCUUCAUCACCAGCGACUUCAUGACGGGCAUCGCCGCCACGCCCGAUAACCACAUCCCCGAGGAGGUGGUGCUGAAAAUGGUGAGCGAAAUUAAGAAGAUCCCAGGCAUCUCCAGAGUGAUGUACGACCUCACGUCCAAACCGCCGGGAACCACAGAGUGGGAGUAGAGUGGAGACAGCGCUUAACUCCCGGGGCUCUUUUCCUCAUCCUUCUCUCUCUCUCUCUCUCUCUCCUGGACUUCCUCCUCCCUUUGCUAUUUCUUCAUCCUUCCAUUACAAUGUUUCCUCACUCACCAAUAAACUUUCCACCCUCAGUGAAACAGAAAGGAACAGAACACAACAUUCCCUACGCUAGCAGCCAGUACUGUGAUUUUCACACACACACACACACUUAACACCGCCUAUUUUUUUCUGGCGCUCAUUAUUAAUAUUAUUAUGGUUUUGUUUAUAAUUUUAAAUAAGACUCGUCUGUUUUGUAUAUUCGACAGUCCCAGGCUCAGAGGCUUGCAGAAAUAUCUAGGGAUGCAUUAAUAAAGCUGAUGAUGUAAUAAUUUAAGCACUUAAGUGCUAUGUAAUCAGGGCAUAAUGAAAUGAUGAGUUAGUUCAGUGUGUGCGUGUGCUGCUAGAAAUGAAUUGCUCUAGCCAUGUUUCAUGUUUGAGGUAGGUGGCGCUCUCUAUUAAAACAUUCAAAGGAAGAUGCCGGUACUAGGGUUGGUAUUGAUGCUUCCCUAGAAAAUACACACACACACACACACACACACACACGUAUGUGCGCAUCGUUCUAGUAUGAUUUUCUCAUCGCUACUACUUCAUGUUUUCAUCAGCUUUACUCCUGUCAUGUGACCAAUUCUCUUUAUUUGCCAAAUAGACUAGGGUAGAAGUUUGAACUGCCUUUUUGAUUUUUAUUUUAUUAUUAUUAUAAUUUUUUUUUUUUUCAUUUGGAGAUUUUCGAGAUCUGCGAAAUGUGCUGUGAAGGAGCUUUUCCCGGUGCGGUCGAGCUUCCUGGACUUUUGUGCCUGGUUUUUUUUUUUUUUUUUUUUUUCCUUUGUGUUUUUUUUUUUUUUAUUUCAUUUCAGGGAUGUGAAAAAAAAAACUGAACUAACACAUGCUGCAUUUUUUUUUCUUUUGGUGUUGGCCUGAGAAAAUAUCUGCGUCUGCUUCCUGCUGCGUGAGCAUCGUUUGCACAUUUAACUGUAUCAUAUCAUAUAUUCAUCUGUUUUAAUCGUUUUACCCAUAAUGCCUUGAGGCUUGCUUUGCUUCUUGUGUAGCGUCUCCUGAAGCUGGAUGUCGGAAGCUUUAGCUGAAGGAUGGGGGAGGGGAAAGCGGCUUAGCACUGAUCACAUGACCUGUUAACAUGCUUCAAUUCUCAUGUUUGUUUGUUUUUUUCUCUCUCAAAUAAAUCUAUAGAAAGUGGGAGGAGCUACAGGUUAGUUCUGUUUAACUAUACAUAGAGGUUUGUUUCGGUGCAAAUCUAUGCCUGAUGUAGAUAAGAUUUGAAGUGUCAUAACAUAACGAUGAAUAUCACGUCUAGCUAUUUAUUGUCUUAUGUAAUGUACGUCUCAUUACACGAUCAUUUCAAUAGCAAAAGCAAAACAAAAAAAAACAAAAAAAUCAAUGAAAAGGUGGACUGGUUCCUUGUCUUAACCGCAAACUUUGCUCUUAUCCUCUCUGUAUCUCUCUCUUUUUCUCUCUCUCCCUCUCUCUCUCUCUCUCUCUCUGUGUCUAAUCGCCUUUUUUACGUGUACAUUUUACAUGCGUCUACUCGGAAGAAAAUACUAUUACUAUGAAUUUCGUUUCAGUAGUGGGUUCAGCUGCAAUCUGACAUGGUGUUCAGUUUGAUUUAUGCAAAUCUGUUAAAUUUUUCUUUUUUGUAUAAAAUAAAAGAACAAAAAAGCUUUUUUUUUUUUCCUUUAGUAUUGUGCCUCAAAAACCAAGCCACUGCAUGCAGUUUCCCGAAGAACUGAUAUUUGUAUAAUGAGAUCUGAGCUUUAAUAAAGAAGUCCAUGUA